ACAAGAAAAUUAAGUGCUCCUGCUCACCAGUGAAGAAUACCGACAAUGUUCUCUACUUUUAGAACUUUAGAAGAAAAUGGGCCGAUAAUGGGCCUGACCCAUUAAUACCCAAAAUAUCCAUUUCCCUACGCAUUCCCCUUCUUCCAUUCUCCCCUUUUCUUUCAUAUUCUUUUGCAGUCUUCUUUGUAUAAUCAAUUUCUGCCUGCAUUCAAUUCUUUCCCGGACAGAAUCUCCGGCCUUCGCUCAACUACAACAAGGUUGGAGUUUCUCAUUGAAAAAAUUGGAAUAUGCAUAGCCAUUGUGAAGAUAUGGGGGAUAAUUUUGAAGGUGUAGCUGUAAACCCAAAUGAUACAACAAUUACUGCAGCUUUGGAUACAAGUAAAAAAAGACAAACAUCAGUUGUUGGGGAUCAUUUUGACAAGAAACUAAAACAAGCUCAAUGUUCAACUGUUAAUGCGUAUGUUAUGUAUAAUGGUGUUUGGGAGCUUGAUGGUAGAGAUUUUGUUUAUAAAGGGGGCGAAAAUUUGACAUUUGACAUUGAUCCGAACCUAAGCUACUCAAGUUUGGUUGAUGUUUUGUAUGAAGAACUGGAUGUUGAUAAAGUGGAGUAUGACUUGAAAUUGGAAGUAAAUUACAAGUAUAGAAAAGGCUAUGAGUAUCGCCCUGAAGUUAUUGGAAAUGAUAAGCGUGCAAGGUACUUUUUAUCUACACUUGCGAAGAAGCCAGAUGAGUUUAUUCCUUUGUUUGUGACGUUGUUAAAAAAGAAUGUUUGCGUCGAUCCUAGUCCCACACCAAGUUCUCUUAAGGACAAUCGUAGCGAGGUUGGGAGUUUUGUUCCAGAAACAAAUCCAGAUGUGUUGGUUGCCGAUGUAUUACCUGAAUUAAACACUAUGAUGCCGAGUGCUGAUAUUGUAGCACAAAUGCCCUUCAUUGAUGGUUUUUUUGAUGGUCCAGAUUCUGAAUGUUAUGUUGAGGGCAAUGAUGGCGUAAGAGGUGACCAAGGUACAGAGGUCCCUGCUGCUGUAGCUUUGAACUUGACUCCACUAUCGUACUUAAUACCACCGAGGCCACCGACACGGAAAAGAGUGUCCCGUAGAGAAAAUUGUCAAACACCUGCUACUAGUAGUAGUCGUCCAGGCGAAACCAGUAAUGCUAAAAGAACCACUGACAGUACAUGUCCUAAUAAUGGUAGAGAGACCAAUGAUAUUAGUGGCCCUAUUGAUGCUCGAGGGACCAAUGUCACCGGAUUGAGCGAUCCAUUUUCUUUUUCGACAAGUUGUGGUAAAUUUAAAGAGAAAAUGUAUACAAGAGAAGACAUCGAGGAUCAUAGUCAUUAUAUAUCUACGGGUGGGACACCAGGCGGGGAGUUACAUGUGGGAAAGUUUUUUAGAGACAAAGAGCAUUUAAAGAUAGUUGUUGGCUUGUAUGCAAUGAAGAAAGGGUUUGACUACUAUGUUAGGAAGUCCGGUACUGAUAUUUGGUACGUCACAUGUAAGGAUACAAAUUGUGGGUGGAGAUUAAGAGCGAAGAAGAACGUACUUUCUAACAUGUUUGAGGUGAGUACAUUUAAUAAUUUACAUACAUGUUCCCUUGAUCUUCGAAGAAAAGAUAACCGUCAAGCAUCACCUUUGAUAGUUGCCCAUCUAAUUAAGGAUAAGUUAGCAACUGACGGCUCGGAUCACUUGGCCUCUGAUAUAAGAAAAAGUAUGCAGAAGGAUUACGGGAUCCAAAUGAGUUAUGAAAAGGCAUGGAGGUGCAGAGAGAAGGCACUACACCUAGCUCGGGGUAAACCUGAAGAUUCGUACUCGAAAUUACCUAGUUACUUGCACAUGCUACAGUUGAGAAAUCCUGGUACCAUCACAGAUUUUGUGGUAGAAGAUGGUCGCUUCAAGUAUUGUUUCUUCUCUCUGGGUCCUUGUAUUCGGGGGUUUAGGUUUUGUCGACCUGUUGUAUGUGUUGAUAGGUCUUUCUUGAAGACUAGGUAUGGUGGACAAAUGUUGUGUGCAAUGGCACUGGAUGCAGGUAGUCAUAUCUUUCCGAUAGCUUUUGCUAUAGUUGACAGUGAAAACCACAAUUCUUGGACUUAUUUUAUGAGAAAAUUGAAAGAAACGAUUGGUGAUGUUGAGAACUUAGCCUUUGUUUCGGAUAGGCAUCAAAGCAUUGUUCGUGCUUUGGAUAUCGUGUUCCCUAAUGCACACCACGGUGCAUGCUACCACCACAUUAUUAUGAACGUCAACCACAAGUUCAAGACUGAGGUCUUCACGAAUCACAUUUACACUUGUGCCUACACGUAUUCAAAAUCAGAGUUUCACAGAGAAUUUGAGAAUAUUCGGGCAAUGAAUGUUGCGGUUGCACAAUAUCUUGAGGAAAUUGGAUUUGAGAAAUGGGUCCGGUCGUACUUUCCAUUGGUACGUUACAAUGUAAUGACGAGCAACUGGGCCGAGAGCUUCAAUAACACAACUAAGGACGCAAGAGGCUUCCCGAUCACUGCUGCUGUAGCAUUCCUGAGGUCCAAAGUUCAAAAGUGGUUUGCUUCACGAAAAGAAAAAGUUGACAAGUGGACGAAACCCCUUGCACCAGAAAUGGAGGAGGACUUGGCAUUGCAUCUUGAAAAAUCUCGGUAUUUGAACGUUGACUCAUGUGGAUCUUACACAUUGCAGGUUUACCCUGGAGGAACAGUUCAGACCGGUGGCGUAGUGGACUUGCAGGAACAAACUUGCACUUGCGGCUUGUUCCAGUGCAUGAAGUUUCCUUGUCCUCAUGCAUGUGCUGCAUCUCAGGAACGAAGUAUUAGCGUGUACGCACUAUGCUCGCCAUAUUACACAACAGAAUAUUGGAGGAGGACAUAUGAAGGUACAAUUAUGCCAGUUGGUGACGAGGAUGAUUGGGAAUUGCCUGAUGACAUAAAGAACAUGACAGUUGGAGUGCCUGUUGAGAAGCAACCAGUAGGGCGACCCAAGAAGCAAAAGGUUGGAAGAAUUAAGAACAACCGAACUGCUUGUAAUGAUGAAAGGAUUAUCAAAUCACGAAAUUGUAGUAAGUGCGGUGCCAAGGGGCACAACAGAAGCACUUGCACCUACCGAGGUUAAAGAUAAAUUUUUAAUUUAUUCGUAUUGUGAUGUCUUGGACUAUUAUGUAUUGUUAUUUAUAUUUGUGGUGUAAAAUAUUUUUAAUUUGUGGCAUGAACAUCUGUGUUGUACUGUUAUGUAUUUCUUAGAAAAUUAUUUUUGAACUUUGUUAAACAUCUGAGGAAAAAUAUGUUCUA